CUCUGAAAAUUCCAGUGAUUUUUCAUUUUCUUUAAAAAUAACCGAAAAUCCUGAAGAAUCUCAAAGCAGCUGUAAUUUCACAGAAUUAAGAUGUCUUAAUGACUCAAAUUCCGUACAAAAAGUCAUUCCUCAACCGGUCAAGGGCCAAAUUUCCUGCCAAUCAAUUCUAGUUCAAAAAUACGCCACCACAGAGGAAACCUACAGCUCAAAAGUGAUCAACGACAUAAUCUCAAAUGAGAGCACCAGGAUCGUGGCUAUUUUCAAGGAUUACCUAAUCCAGGACGAUAUGAGCGACUUCAUGAGAAGGUAUUACACUGCUGAAGAGUCUGUAGGCAAGAUUGGCCGCCUUACAGACUACUACAACACUUAUUGUACAGUAUUUCCUAACUAUAUCACCCUUGAAGAGAGAGGGUACUUGUACAAGAAUAUCAUCCGGAAGCAAUAAAAAUGCUUAAUGAUAAACAUGAUGACCUCCUUUUGAUAAAGGAGAGGGAGAACCUUAACCUUCUUCAUUGAGACUUCCCAAGAAGUUUUGAAAAUUCUACACUUUUGAAUACCAAAUUUAUGAACCAGCUUGAAAAUAGCUCUAUUGGGUCAAGCUCAUUACAUGGUGAAAGUUGCAGCCAGCAAAGCCAGAGCAGCCAGAUUUUGGAUUUCGAGAACAGCUCAGAACUUUUCAAUAGUAAAGGAAAUGUAGAGACCGAAGAAGAGACUAGAAAAGUACAACCUCAACUAGUCAAAAUUCUAGAUAUGCUAGCUCUAGAAGAGAGCAAUGACUCGAUCCAAUCUAUUAUUGAUUACACCAAGAUGAGCAAAGCUCGAAGGUGUCCUCUGCGAGCUAACAAGAGUAAAGUCAAGGAUUUUAGUAAGACUGAGAAUUUGCUCCAAGAGAUAGACCAAGAACUCAAGACUUUUCAUGCUUCUAAGCCUGAAGCUAAACUUCAGAAAAUCCAAAGAGUCUCAAAACUAAAAGAGAGAUUGAUCAAGCAGAGCCAAGAUUUUGAGAAGAAUGAUAUUACUGAGCAUCCUUCAGUUAACGACUCUAAAGCACUUCCUAAUUCGACAAAAGAGAGAUAUAGGAAAUAUAUGACCAAGAAAAGGUCAGCCUCGAGAGGUGUUUUUGAGUAUAAUGACUCUGAGAGCUACCCCACUACACCUUUAGGUGAGGUUCAGAAUAAGCACCAAACAUCUCGUCCAGCCAUCUUAGGAGGAAAGCUUGCUCUUCAAACCUAUAAAUAUCUCCCUCAAAAUAAAGCUAGUGAUAGUAAGACUACCUGAGGAAGGAAGAAUCUAGAGAAUGUUGAUCCAUCUGGUGUAUUAAAUAAUGAAUUAGGCCUACAUAAUGGGAAUAGAAACAAAGAUAAUAAGUAAGUCGGACUCAAAAGCAAGAUAUCUCCAAAAAAAUCUGAAAUCUUCAAAGAAGAUUUUCCAACCUAAGGACUCAGCACGAGUGAGUCCAAGAGUGAUGGAUACUACAGCUGGUAUUAACAACAGAGAGCAUUUUCUAAAUCUGAAGAGAUUAAAUCAACCAAAUUCUUCUAUCAAUUCUAUCUCAACCUGAAUACACCAAUCCAAUGGCUGCUUUUCAAAGAGAAGCAUAACGGCUAGCAACUGAAAGAAAUGUUUUGCUGGUGAAACAACAAAAUUAGGUCAAAAACAGCUAUCUAAAAGACUAAAAAGGCCGAAUAAAUCUAAUAAGAGGACAAGUAGUCUGGAGGCUUGUACAAGCCCAGCUAAGAUCACCAGGCGAAGAACAUCAGGCUGUCUUGUUGAAACUAAACUUACAAAUAAUUCUAAAUCUCGAGGAGAUCUUAAGGGGUCAAAUCAAAGGAAAUCUAAAGUUAGGGUGUACCUCAGAUCUUUAUACGACAAAGAUACUCGUUCACAGAGCAAAUAUGGAGGAUUUUUACCUGAACAAACUUCUAUGAGGGGGAAAUAUUCAGCAAAGUCAAUUAAGAAACAGGUCUAUGCAAGCCAAAAUUUUAAAAGUUUUAAAUCUAGUACUAGUAGGAGUAGGCAUAAGUCUAAAUCGCCUAUAAAUUCGGUUAUGAGUAAAUCAUGAAGACCAUCCCCAGGUCAGAUUGAGAGAAAAUCAUACCUCAGAUCAUCUCAGCCUGGAAAAAUUAAAGGAAUUUUGAAAAAUAAAAGUGGUAAAUCAAUGAAAAAUUUAAAAUCACCAUCCAAUUUUGAACUCACCAGGAACUCUUCUACUAAGGCUACAAAGAGAGUUUUGAAAAGGAUGGAAUCCACUAAGGAUUAUAAGAAGAGUUCAAGAGAUUUUCUCAAUCCUUCUUCGCAGACCAUUGCUAACCACACACCCAAGACUUGUCUCGGCCAAAGCAUAAAGGCUGGUCUGAAGGAUCAAGACCCAUUCUUUGUAGAGAAAAGCAAUUGUGAUGGUAGAUCCAAGGUCAAGAGGUUUAAGAAAAAUAUAAUCAGCGGAACACUCCAGUCAUUGAAGACAUCUAGAGUCAGGCUAACUAAAGCAAAUUCCAAUUUUGAUCGACCAGCUGGAAGAGCUGAUCAUAAAAAGAGCUAUAAUACUGUUAUGAGCUCUAUAUUUUCAAAAAAAAUAUAGCCACACAGCACAAAAAUAUAUUACAUUGAG